AUGGCGUCUCGCCUCGAGCGGAUCCCCGAGGGUCCACCUAGAGGCAACAUCGACGCCCCGCAGACUGGAGCUCCAAAGGAAGGGCCAGGCGGAUCUCACCGCCCCCGCGCUGACACCCCUCCCACGCCCGCGCCGAGUCGUGCCGCCCCGUGCCACCAACCUCCCCCAGCACCAAAGGCGGGUGGCCAGGCUAAGUCCCAGGCAACGGGGCCAUUGACCCGUGGCCGCGCCGUGGCCUUCGAAAAGGGAGAGACUGGACGCAGGAGCGCUAGCCCUGGCGCUCGCCAGGUGGGAGAUGCCGGACCAAGGCCUGCGCCUGCCCGCGAGGGGCCUGGACUCUCGACGCGGGGCGGCUCGAGGCCUGUCGUUCGAGGCACCGGCAGGCGGGCCGUGCUCCCUGUGGGGCUCCUCCGACCCUCAACCACCGACUGGUACCGAGAGUGCCCCGCCCCGUCCCCUGGCGGGUGA